UCACUAUAGAACUCUAGAGAAAGGGGGAAAAAACAAGUUCGCAACAUGGCGUCCUCCUCGUCUGCCACGGGCUCAGGGCAACCUGAAGUAGCUUUCUCCAGUUUUAUGACGGAGGUGAAGUUGAUAGAGAAGAGAGAUUCAAGUCUGACACCCAAGCAACAAAUUGAAAGGCUGAUCAGACCAGGCUGCACCUACUUCAACCUAAACCCAUAUGAGGUUUUACAAGUUGAUCCAAGCAUGGAAGUGCCUGACAUCAAGAAAUUAUACAGAAGGUUAUCUAUACUGGUGCAUCCAGAUAAGAAUAUGGAUGAUAGGGAACGAGCACAGAAGGCUUUUGAUGCUCUGAGCAAUGCCAUGAAGACAUUGGAAGACGAGACAAGCAGGAAAAGCAUUCUGGACACGAUAGAAGAAGCAAAGCAGAAGACAGACUUCUUGCUUGGUGAGAAGAGGAAGCAAUUGAAAAAGGAUGAUAAACCUACUGCAAUAGAAGAAGAUGAUCCACUGAAGUACAAGGAGACCCUUCACAAGAACACGGUGAAGCUGUUUGCCGACUACGCCAUCAGGAGGAAAGAGAUUGAAGAGAAAGAAGCGAGGAUCAAGAAGAGAGAAAGGGAAGAGGAGAUCAAAGAGGAAGACAAGAGCAAGAAGGCCAAGGAAUGGCAGAAGGAUUGGGAGGAUGGAAGGGACAAGAGGGUCCACAACUGGAGAGACUUCAGCAACCAUGACACCGCCAAGAAAAAGAAGAAAAAUAGGAUGGCCUUUAAGCCACCCAAACCCAAGCUGGAAACGAGAUAAACCACACAAUCUACCGGUUAAACAUCAUAGACAGUACCAUGUCAUUGUAAAAACAUGGAGGAGACGGACAAUGCUGGGUCCAAUGGAAGUAGAGAUUAACCCCCUCACUGCUACACUGUCUCAUUCCUAUAGCCGUGAUACAGGAAUCACUUGGUUUUACAGGCGAUGGGUUCGGUUUGUUGUUAGAAUGAUACAACAAAAUUAAAUUAUGUCAUACCAUGGAUGUCGUCUCAGGGGAAGUUCCCUUCUUCAAGCACAGUCUAGCCUUCUUUUUUUUUACAUCAUAAACAGUGGCACUUCAAUAUGGAACCACUGAGGAGACUGAUGAUGUAGAAUCCAUUGGAAAUGGAGAUUGACCCCUUGGUGGCUGGAUCUCUUAGUCCUUUCUGCUUUAUACAGAAACUUCGCAUGUCCUGCAGGCAAUGGGUUCAGCCUGAGUCUGUUGUUACAAUGAAACAAGAAAUGCACAGACAUCAUUUCUUUGGAUGUCAUCUCAGGAGACGUUCCCUUCUUCAAGCUUAGUCCAGCCUUCCACGCUAUGUUUGUAAAUACAGUGAAACCUGUCUAUAAAGACCAGCCGAGGGAGACAUGAAAAGUGGUCUUUAUAGGCAGGUGGUUGUUAUGUACAGGUCCCUUUAAUACAUAAUUCAAUGAGAAACCAUUUUUCUAGGGAAACAAAAAAUGUGGUCUUUGCAGACAGGUGGUCACUAAAGCAGGUUUGACUGUACAUCACUUAUGGAGUGCCAUCUCCAAAAGGGAAGGAGGAAUACUUUUAGCUGCCUUUUUAUUGAUGAAUGGACAGAAUCUAAACUUUUUUAUUUGAACCGUGUUGUAAUGAACUCCUUCGGACCAUAUAGGAAAUUACCUUGUUACAUGUAUAUAUCGCACCUUUAUAUUAGGGAUAAAACAAAGAAGAAUACGAAGAAAUGAGACCAGCAAAAUCACCCGAUUAUAACGAGAGUUUUUUUAACAAUCUUCUUUAUAACAAGGUUCUGCUGUAGUAAAAUAGAGGAAUCUUGCAAUAAAGACCAUUUUUCUAACAAACUGUCAGUACUGUUAUAAAUAAGGCAGUAUGCUGGUCCUAAAUUGUGUAUCCAAUUUCUUGAAACCUAAUAUCACAGGAUUUCAAAACGGCAAGGUUAUUUUCUUUUUUCAGAUGAUUUUGUUAUACGGAGGUUCCACCAUAUUUGAUUGAUCUGUUAUUUUGAUCACAUGGAUUGUUGUUGGAACAUGUCAGUAUGCAGACUUCAUGUACUGUAUCUGAGAAGAUUGAUAUCAAUCUCUUGUGGUUCAUUUUGCCAUAUUAUUUUUUUCUCUAUCUGAUUGAAUGAUGAGGUCACAGUUUGCCAUGGCUCUUUGAUCUGUACUAUUUAUUGUAUGCAGGGACUGCUCUCUUCAAAGGGUAGCCAUCAUCCAAAGUGCCUGGCUUGGAAACUUCAUAGAUUUCACGACAUUUUCAUAUUACAGAUAUGAUGAUACACACUGGAUAUUACCUAUUGACUCAUUUAGCCCGGUGCUUUAUACCCAAAUAUAGAAAAAGAAACUUGUUCCAAUAAAAAUACUAAGAAACUAAGAAUGUAUUGCCAGACACUGCACAAAAAGUCAAAUAAAUUUUGUAAUUGAGUUGGUAAUAUUUCAUUU